GCGAGUCUUCUAGAGAUUCCCAUCUUAGUCGAGAAGAACGAGGUCAGAAUCUUCAAUAUCGAAAUGUGAACAUGCAGAAAUAUGAGAGCAUGAUUGACGCUGCAAAGGUUCUUCUUCACAUUUGGUUCAUUUAUUCUCUAUUAAUUUCCGGUAUUUUGCAGGACAAUUUUGCCGACAUUGCCAUUAGUAAGAGCGAAACAGAAGAGUGCACAAUUUGUUGCAAGGCAAGUGAUCUCUUUGGUAUCGGGUCGUGUCGUCAUCCCGUUUGUAUGGAAUGUGCGAUUCGGAUAAGAGUUCUCUCAAAUAAUCGUCAGUGUCCCGUUUGCAGGACGGAAAUGGAGACGUUAUGCUUUAUUUUUGUAUCGAGCAGUCUCAGCAAUGUUUCGCUUUCGCUGCCAUCCUCAAGUCAUCCUGAUGAGGAUAGAUUUGGAUUGCGAUUUGAGAACGGUGACGCUAUCACUCGUUAUGAAAAAUACCUCGCUCAUGUUUGCAAGUUAUGCAGAAGCAAUGGUGAAAGAUUAGAAUUUCCUACUUUUGUUGCUUUGCGGCAUCAUAUGUCAAGUGUUCAUCAGCUGACAUACUGUCACAUAUGUACAGAGAACAUCAUACAGUUUUCCAGAGAAAGGAAGACCUACACGCGUGAUGGACUCCAAAGACAUAUCCGUGCUGGAGACAGAGACGACAAGAGCUUGAAAGGUUCCUCCUUUUUUCCUUGUAUCUUGAAAUUUCUAUUUUUGCUGUAGUU